GACAGAAAUACAUGUUAAUCCCAAUAACUUCCAGAGAAUGAGUGUAUUGCUGGCAGCUCAAAUAUUUAGUAAUACUUUUGCUGAUGCUAUGCUGUUUUAUAAACAGCGUGAGGUUGCUAUCCUAAAGAAUGCAGAUGUUACAAUAAGUUUCAUACGUCACAUCAAUGCUCUUUUUGAUGCUUUAAAUCGUAGAUUGCCACAGGAAGGAAUCAGACAUGAUUCAAAUGAUCUCAAGGUUAUUGAAGAAUCUCUAGAAUGGUUAAAUAGAUGGGAAGCAUUCAGAUUACAGAUUAGAAGCACUGAUCAAAAGGGAUUUUUGAGCCACCAGACAGCAGAAAAUCUACGCUUGACGCUGACUAGUAUCUUAGCACUCGUCAGACAAUUGCUUCCAAACUCAUAUUAUAUCCUGACAGCUCACUUUAAUCAGGACCCAUUAGAGCGUUUCUUUGGAAUGAUAAGACAAGGAAGUGGAAGCAAUUCUCAUCCCACAACAGUGCACUUCUUAUACCUGUACAGACUGAUGACUGUGUACAGUUUGGUUCGUCCUCCCAAACGAGCAUCAGUUCAAACUGAUCCUGAAUCUAUCCUUAUUACUUUAAAAAAUCUUCUUCAUAGUCAUAAAAAACCAUUUAAUCGAGCCGAAUAGUUUGGCCGAAUAUUC